AAUGUGAAUCACGUUUGUUAAACAAGACGCAAAUUGUAAAUAUAAUUUUGUACAUGAUGUCAACAUUCGUACGUUCAAGUUCUUUGAACAAUAAUGGUGUUACAGCUAUUAAACAUCCUGAGGAUGGUUUUGUGGAGAAUGAGGAGAAUGGAGAAAAUGAGGAAUAUAAAAUGGAGGUUGACGACGGAGAUGUGUUUAACAACAACACGGACGAUAAUAAAGAAUAUGGUUCAGAUAAUAAAGAAGAUCCAGGAGCAACAAAUCAAAGGUCUGAGUUCCUUGUGAAUGCUGAUGAACUACCACAGAUCAAACUUGAAGCAGACAUUGUUCAAGAGCAACCAACAUUUUCUCAAGAUGAGUUAGAUAUCAAGGAUGAACCCAUAGACAUAGAAGGUUCUGAUGAAGUAGAUCAUGGAAAAGAUAAAUAUCCAAGAAGCUGUUACGCGCCUGGAAAAAAUAAUAAUCAGGAUGGGUUUGGCAAGUAUUUGACAGUACAGGAGAUGGUUCGCCUUCACUUUGAUCCGGAAAUAUGUAAAAUAGAUUUAUCUAAGAAACCAGUUAUGCUUCUUGAAAAAGUUGAUAAUUACUGGCCAAUAAACUACCAAAAGGAAAAGGAGAAGAUUGUUAAUAGCAGUGAUCACAUACAGGUUUUCAAGGAAGAAAUAAACCCGGACUGGGAGAUAGUGGCAGAACAAGAGAUUUUGGAGGCCAAUAGAGAUUGGAGUAAGAACUAUAGAGUUGUGGAGGAGCAUCAGAAGAAACCUGGUUCAUUGAGUCGUGUUAGAUCUGGUCGAGAGAAGAGUAAACUCCAAGAGGCCGAGGAUACUGACGAGGAUAUUGAUGACCCAGAGUCUCAUGAGGGCAAGUCUAAUUCACCAGGUGAAGAUGAUGAGAGCGAUCCCGAGAAUGAUGAUACAGAUGAAGAUGAUGCGCAGGAGGAGCAUAAUGAUGAUGAUGAUGAUGACGACGACGACGAUUUUGAUGAUGAGGAUUUCACUAUUAAAGGCAGGAGAAGAGUGCACAGUUUGAGUCCUGAUCUUGAGGAUAUCAAAGACAACCUAAGAAUACUGGAUGUAGAUGAUGAGGAUUCCUUGGACCAGUCUGAGUUAAAGGUGGAGAUGGGAGAAAAUGAUAUUAACUUCGAAGAUAUAAAGAUAGUUGAUAUUGGAGGAUUUCAGAUUGAAACGUUUGGUGACUACUCUAGAUGUCCUAAAUGUAUGAAACAUAUCAAGUCAACGUUUAUCAUUAGACACAUCAAGCUACAUGACAUACCUGUCCGCACCCUCAAGUGUCCGUAUAAGUCUUGUAAAACAACUUUUACUAGAACCAACAACUUGUACAGACACCUUAAGGCUGUCCAUAAUGCCCCCAUGCCAUACAUCUGUAUUUACAAGGAGUGUGUACUCAAGUUUAAAGAAAGCAAGAGUUUACGAGAUCACGUGAGAAGCGUUCAUCGAGAACCAACCAGAAGAGAAAUAGAGGACUUGGACGGAGCUGACGAUAAAUACAAGUGCGAGUUUCCGGGCUGUGGUAAGGAGUAUGGAAAACGUCAACAUCUUAAAGAACAUUUCAGAAAACAUACUGGAGAUAUGAGAUAUUCUUGUGAGGUCUGUGGAGAACGCUUUUUUGUUCACGGUCACAUGAAGCGUCAUCUGUACAGCCAUACAGGCAUUAAGCCUCAUGCUUGCAGAUGGAAGUGCGGAGCUAUAUUUGCAUCAUACGGAGGGAGGAUGAAACACGAGAGAGCGCAGCACAGUGAGAACCCAUACAAGCUAGAGUGUGAUAUAUGUGGUAGACCUUUCAGGUUUGACCGUGAGCUGGAUAAACACAAAUUGACCCAUAUGGCGCCUAGUGAACGAAUCGCCUAUAGAUGCUCUUUUUGCGGAAUCAUCUUUGACAGUAUUUCCCAUAGAGAAAGGCACGAGCAGAGACACAAGGACAAUGACAGCUUUCAGUGUGAGGAUUGUCUAAAAUUUUUCAAGAACGAAAAGAAUUUAAGACAUCACUCUAAAGCCCAUCAUGAACAGAAAACGGAAAAGAAGAAAACCGGAAAUAAGAACCAAGAAAAGAAGGAACGAAAAGAACCUCCGAAGUAUCCUUGUCACAUGUGUGAUAUUCCAAUCAUGUUUGCACUCACCGCACUUAGGAGACAUCUUGCAAGAAAGCACAGUACCAACUUUAAGUGUGAUAAAGAUGGAUGCUCUAAAACAUUUGCCAAACAGUAUCAGUUUGACGCUCAUAUGAAGCUGCACACCCAUCGGAAUUGUCACAUUUGCGGAAAGGAUUUUAAACGAAAACAGAACGCUGAUAUUCAUCUCAUGGGAGUUCAUGGCUUUACAAAGGAAAGCCUACAGUCCUUAGGAAGAUAAAUAGGAUAAAAGUUGGGCGCACAUUUACCAACAAAGUGGGACGAGUAAAUUUUUUUUGUACAUAUAAAACGUUUUGAACAAAGACUGAAUUAAUCCAAACAUCACUUUAAAACUAGUCAGGUUGUUGAAGCUAGUCAGAAACUUUUAAAACAUUUUUCUAGUCUAAAGUUAAAUGUGUAAAAAUAUUAUAUUGAAUAUAAUGUUUAUUGUAUAUUCUUCAAACAAUGAACGGUAUUUGAUCUGAAAACAAAACCAAAGAAUUUGUAAAAUUAGUUUACCAAAUUUUUAUUUGUGAUAUCUUUAAGGGCUCUGCAAUGUAACCAGUGCUGUAAUAUAAUGUUCUAAUCAUUUUUUUUUUGUGAUUGUUAACGUUCAUAAUGCAUAAUAUAAAAUCAUAAUCUUAGUUGGAAUGUAAGGGUUCAUAACUAGAUUAAUUCUAAAUCCAAAACCAAAUGUACAAACGUACUGAUCAAAUAUUUGAGCGUAGUGGAAGGUUAUUUAUUUUGACAAACUUUUGCAGUUUUAUGGUUUUAUGUUUUUGAUAUAGGUUCUUUUUUGUAUCAAAUAAAAUUAACAAACCGAGAAUUUUAGAAACUGGAAUACUUCGCCAGUUAUAUUUUCAUGCUAGAUCUGACUCGUAACUGUAAUUAGCGCUUUUGGUCAAUUUGCUCAGUUCAGGGUAAAGAAGAAACGAACCUUAGUAUAUUUAUAAAAAGUGUACUGCAGUUUCUGGUAGGAAUCUAUCAAAGUAGCAAUUGGGUUGCUUACAAUUGCUUACGGCUGUCAUUGUUGUUCAAUUUUGGGUGAUAAUGCUUGUCAAUGAAAACCUCCUUCUCUACGUUCUAAUAAUCAGAAAAUAUAAUUUUUAAUAUUCUGUUGCAUUCUAAAUGUGAUGGUGCAUGCGUGAAGUAACAGUUAAUUAUGUAUUAUUUGUUCAUGAGAACUCCUAGUCAUCUUUUUAUUUAGUGUGAAUAAAGAAAUUAUUUAUUUAAGUCUUUGCUGUACAGUAUAUGGUUCUGAACCUGUUACCAAGCGUUUGUUCAAAGAUUAGCUUUGUUGAAAAAUAUUGUGAUUUUUUUCUUUUAUUCUGUUAAAUAAAUUUAGUUAUUAUUAA